AUGCCUUCCAAAGUACGAGAUAGCAGCGCUGAGCGCAGGCGCGAGAAAAAGGAGUCGUCGCGCAUCGACAAAGACAGAAGGGACCGGGACCGAGAAAGAACCAGAGACCGAGAAAAAGACAAAGACAAGGACCGAGAAAAACACCGACCAAGCCGCAAAGUGUCGACAAAGGAGAAGACAUCCUCGAGAACCUCCAUCUCACCCGUCGAUGAGAAGAGACGCUCCUCGAUGCCUGGGAAAAUCGACGAUGGCUCCCUCAAAUCCGAGUCGAAGUCCAGCCUGCCGUAUCCCUCGUUGUCCAAAGAGCAUGCUCGCGAGACUCUGGGAUUGAGCCAUCGACCUAACCUGGUGAACCCCUUCACGCCUCCUGCGACCGAUUUGAAUGCCUCGAAAGACAAACUACCCUCCUCCAAGCCCUCCACGACCGCCAACAAUGCCCCACCCAGUCCGCCCCUCACCGAGAAGCAUUCGGGCACAGGGAAAUGGAAGCCCAAUGCAGGGAAGCCCGUAUCGGUCGAGACGAUACAAGAAGAGAAAGCCUCGCAGACCAAUGGAGAUUCCAAGACUACGCCCAAGGUACGGACAAUGCCCAAAACAAGGGCGGAGAAUGGGCACCUACGUAGUACCUCCGAACUUGGUACGAAUAGUUCACCCACGAGAAAGCCUCGAGACACGCCGGGGUCGAACUUGAAGACCUCAACGCCGGUCUCGACGAUUGUGCCUCAAAGAUCAGUGAGUCAGCCGACGAGGACCGAUUCGCCGGCCACCGCCACGAGCGCAACGAGCGCUACCGGCUCGGGCACGAAUCUCAGCUCAGAAGCCACAUCAAUAGCCCCAGAACAGCCCAACAUACAGCGACCUGGGUCAAAGAUCCCUCCUGCAGCCAUCUAUCCAGAUGGUCCUGCCAUUAUCCUUCCCCAAUCGAGGGGUGUGACUCCUAUGGAGGUAUUUAUCGAGGACGACGAGUCGGUGAUAACAGGUACACCGGGCGGUGUCUCGCAGACUCCAGGACCUCCUCCACCACCCCCACCGCCCGUGCCAAUCACUGUGCCCAAGGUCGACUACCUCCUGCAGCACGGUGGACUACAUCACUCGGUACCGAAAAAUCUCCUGCUCGCAGGUAAACCCAUGGCAAUACAGCAAGCUCAGUCUCCAGGGCAACAACCAAUCGUGGUUGCGAAUCUCUUCGAGCCUUACAUCGGCCUUCUCGACGACUUCGAGAAGGUCAUCUCCAAGAACGGCUCAUUGGCCGUGGCGACGGGAUAUCGCUCCGUAGCUCGACGACUGCUCGAUCGACUCGAAGCCGUUUUUGCACGUGAUAUCUCCUCUGAAGCCUGUCAAUGUCCGAUGUGCGAGUACGACGGGGCCGAGGACGUAAGGGGCGUCAGUUGGGGCGAAGUGCUGGAACUGGUCUCUGGGAGAAAGGACUGGCCGGCCUGGCCUCCCUUUACGUUUACUCAGUCGCCUGUCGGCCUCGGCAUCUCACUCGAGCUACACGUCCCGAUGCAGCAGCUCGAUAUCGACGUUCCGGAAGAGUAUCGAGACCACUAUAUCCGACAGUCGCGGAAGACCAAGCAAAGCGUGGAUAAGUGGCUGAACCGGCAAGGCGACAACCCGACCUCACCACCCGAGGAAGUGGACGACGAGACUCUGACAUUCGCCAUUCUGACCCAUCUACCCGCUGAGCAGAGACCCAUCUUCAAGGAUCUGUUGGGCAUCGUCGAUCGACCUAUCGAACCCCCGAAACGGGUGCCCACACCCGAACUGGAGAAGCAGAAUGGUACGUCUCGCCCUCCCGUACCCACGCCAACACCGACACCGGGCCCCAGAGCGCGACAACCACAUAUUGCCGUCGCAUUGCAGGCGAUCCAGCGGCUAUAUCGCCUAAACUUCCAACCGCGAGACUCGGAAGCCGCGCUGUUCCUCCUGAACAACCCGUCUCUACACAACGCCCUGGCCACGCUCGCCGCAAUUUCAAACGACGAAUGGGACAUUUUGAUCUCCGGGCGCUUCGACGGGUUCUUGAGAAGCGGCGCCGAAGACGUCCCGCUGCCUGAACACCUCCCUCCGUCACGGGGUCCGACGCCCUACCGACCACCCACUCGGGGCACAACACCGGGCUAUGGUCCUCCUCAGGUCAACGGCGCAGGCUACGGGUCCCGACAAGGCAGCUAUUCCAGCGGAUACGGGGCUCCCAGUGCGCAAUACGGAGCACCAAUCGCCUUUGACGAGGAAACCGAACUUGCCACGCUGGCCGAGAUUGAAAGAGACAUCUACGCGGGCAUGGAAGCCCUCGAGGACGCGUUCGAAGCACUGCACAACAAGGCCGAGGUCGUGCGUCGGGCGUUGAGAGAACGCUCUGCCGGCCUUGCUGCCGCGGCGCAACGGAGGAGAGGUGCAAUGGGCGGGGGCAUCGAAGUCCGCAUGAACACUCCCGCAAGUGGUAUCCUGCCUACGGGAGAACACGGCUUCGGAAGAUGGGACGCAGAAACCGACGAUGGUCUAGGCGAAUGGGAAGGACUAAGUGAGAUUGCGCCGGACGACAGCGCGAGUAACAUCUCGAGUUCGCGCAGACGGAGGCCAAAGAGGCGCAAUGAACGGCGGACGCCGGCUUUGAUCGAGGAGGAAGAUGAGUUCGAGGACGGUGUGAGCGAGGGGACGGCAAGCCCGAAGAAGAGAUGA